UCGUAAUAUUAUCACCUAUAUAAAGUUUAUUUGAAAGGGUAGUGAGAUUGUGAAAUGCAGAUAGACUUGUUCUAGCAAAGCUGCAAGUAAAUAUUCUACAAUUAUGAAAAUAUAUCCCGUAGUUUUUAGAUAAACCUACAACAACGAAGACUGAUUCAGUUACAAAGGAGAUUUUGAAAAGCUGAAUCUUUUGAAGUUGUAUUCUUUUCGUAAGAUGUAGCCAUGUUCUCGGAAAUUUAUCGGAUUCGAUGCAUAUAUAUAUAUAUAUAUAUUUAUAUAUAUGAAUCCUUUGUAAAUGGAAAGCAUCAAAUAGUGAUAUUUCCUUAACUGUGAAUGUAAAAAGUUAAUUGACCGGUAAUAUUUCUAUCAUCAUAAAAUCAGUAGUGCAUGGACAAUGAAAACAAUGAAAACUUCAUUUUAUAAAAACCUGAUCGUGAGCAAGUAUAAAAUAGUUCAAACUUUAACUUAUAAAAAUUAGUCAUAAAGUUAUGUUUGAAACUUUCUCAAGAAGACCAAAUAUUGAUAUAUAUACAUAGAAUACGUAAUAUGAAUGGUAAAGAAGAGAAUUCAGGUAGUGCCUAUGAAGAUGAAACAGUAGUUCAAUAUUUGACUGACAAUGGCGUAGAAUCUGUUGUUGACAUUUCACUACAACAAGAGACGCCAAUGCAAGUUGAAAAAGCAAAACCGGCUACUAAUCUUUAUUAUCGAGUGGAUGAGAGUCCACCAUUGUACAUCAGCAUGGCCUUCGGAUUUCAGCAACUGAUGUUGUGUAUCAUGAUUAUAACAUUCCCGCUGAUCAUAUUAUCGGUGUUGUGUGCUGAUGAUUCUCCAUCAGUGACUGAAUAUAAAACAGCUAUGAUCGGAACUGUAUUUUUUGUCGCUGGUCUCUCAACGUUCCUUCAAACUACUUUUGGAGUGAGAUUGCCAAUAAUACAAGGAACAACUGCAUCGUUUUUGGUUUCUGCUAUAAGCGUCAUGGGAACCGACAGAUUGAAAUGUCCGGCUCCGAUGGAUUUGAAUCCUAACUCGACGUAUGAAGAUUACUCAGUUUCGCUGGAUGAAAAUUCGAGCAAAAUAAUUUACGACAAUUUGCUGAAUAAAACUAUCAACGUCGAUGUGGAGUCAAAUUAUUACAGAGAUAAUGAUGGAAUAAUAAGGACUAGUAACGAACUAUGGGUCAGCCGAUUACAUGAGAUUCAAGGCGGGGUGAUCUGCGGUUCGAUUUUGCAGUUGACUUUGGGAUUCACUGGUGCUAUGGGAUUUCUGACUUACUAUAUUGGACCACUAACGGUUGCCCCAAUUUUAGCUCUGAUUGCAUAUGGAAUAUUCGGUUUAGCACAGGAUCUGGCAAGCGCUCAGUGGGGUAUCACCGUCUUAAUCGUCGGCAUCUUUUUCAUCUGUGCUGUGUGUAUGGUAAAUGUUUCGAUACCAGUGUAUACUUGCAGACGUAAUGGAAGAAAUAUAUCUGUUUCUUCUAAUUCUAAGUUCCCUUUAUUUUCAAUGUUUCCGGUUUUAUUUGCUGUGUUCAUCGGAUGGUUUGUAUGCUACGUUAUCACUACAGCAGGUGGAUUCUCGGAUGACCCAAAGGAUCCAUCUUAUUAUGCUCGCACCGAUAUCAAUUCAGAUGCAACUUCUAAAAGUCCUUGGUUUCGUUUUCCAUACCCUUUUCAAUUCGGAAUGCCAACUUUCACUGCGAGUACAACACUGGGAAUGAUGGCAGCAGUGUUGCCAGGAAUAUUAGAAUCAAUUGGAGAUUAUAAUGCUACAGCGGGAGUUUGUGAAGAGUCGUCUCCACCAAAACAUGCUAUUAAUCGAGGUGUUAUGAUGGAAGGGGUCGGCGUCCUUUUGGCCGGAUUGCUUGGCACCGGGAAUGCAGUAACAUCUUGGAGUCACACUAUUGUUAUACUAGGCGUAUCAAAAGUUGCAAGUAGAAGAGUGUUUCAGUUCACUGGACUGUAUAUGAUUAUAAUAGGGAUAUUUUCAAAAUUGAUCAGUAUAUUCGCAUCUAUUCCAAAAGUUGUGCUUGGUGGUGCACUUAGUUCAACAAUUGGAAUGUUAUUUUCAAUCGGAAUAUCUACUUUGAAGCACACUGACAUGAAGAAAACUAGAAAUCUGUUCAUCUUUGGACUAAGUAUGUUGACCGGUAUCGCCUUGCCAAUGUAUAUAUCAAAACACGAGGACAGAGUAGAUCUAGGAGUAGAGGAAUUGACAAAUGUUGUGAGAGUGUUAAUGAGAAGUCCUAUGUUCAUUGGAGGCUUGACUGGCUUUUGUUUGGAUAACAUUGCUCCAGGGACAAGGAAAGAACGAGGUCUGGAAACAUUCUACACAAAAUCCAGUGACAAAUCAGGAAAUCAAGCGAAAGCUUAUCAAUUACCGUUCAAUACUGAUUAUAGAUGGACGAAAUGGAUUCCUAUCUGUCCUAACUUUAGAAGACCAUAGAAAACUGUUCAGCAACAAAUUAUUUAAAGUGAUUCGGAAGUCUUGCUGCAGACUAACACAAAAUAUUUAAAAUUCUUAUUAUCAGAAAUAUUAAUUACUCAGCCAACUCAUAUAAUGUAACUAAUAAAACUAUUGAAAUAUUUAAAUGUA